AGCGUGCGCCGGGCAGCGGCGGAGCCGGCGAACAUGGAUUCACAGAAGGACGUUCAGCCUCCAAAGCAGCAGCCAAUGAUUUACAUUUGUGGAGAAUGUCAUACAGAAAACGAAAUAAAGGCAAGAGAUCCUAUCAGAUGCAGAGAAUGUGGCUACAGAAUAAUGUACAAGAAAAGGACCAAAAGAUUGGUGGUUUUUGAUGCCCGAUGAUAUCUGCUGAGGAUACAGUGACUUCAUGAUGCAGUUUAAUCUCUCUGAUAAUUUUGCUCUGUAAAACUAUUUGUGUACAAAUGCACACUCUUAUUUGUGUUUUAAGAGAUUAUUAAAGUUUACUGUAAUACUAAAUUUUGUCUAUAUUGUGUUCCAGCAAUAGAUUUCUAAAGCUGUUAGUUAAAUUGUCAGAGUAUGCAGUAUUUUUUAAGUUCGGUGGUUUUGUAUUCUUUUUGACUUAAUCGUGUUUUCAUUACUGUCAUCCAAACUUUAUUUGCAUUUUAACUUUGUUAAAUGUUCUUUAGACUUCUGUGAAUUGCAUACAGUAACUGUAGUUUGAAUAAAUUCCACUGAAAAUAAAUAGAGGCCUGCACAAGGCUAGGUCU